AUGGGAGCACGAGUGUUCCUCUUUGCCCUGACCCUAUUCCCAGUGGCAGCUGCAGCAAGCCUGGAACCUCACUAUAUGGUGGUGUUUCCUGCUGUCAUUCACCAUUCACAAGAGGAGAAGCUCUGCAUUCACUUCAUCUCUCUGACCGAGGCUGUCCACCUGGCCAUCACCUUGCAGGUGACAACCCAGAAUCACACACUGGUGGAACAGGAUGUGGAGAAGCCAGGCACUUUUCAGUGCAUCACUUUCCAGGUGCCACAGUUCCUUCCCAGGAAAGGAGAAGAUUCCACGUCUCAUCCAGAGGAAGUGGUUUUUCUGCAUGUCCUGAUCCACAAUGGGGACGAUGUGCUGUUUGAGGGUCGCAAGAAAGUUCUGGUAAAACCCCCAAAGAAUGUAAUUCUGGUAGAGACAGACAAGGGCUUAUACAAACCUGGAGAAACAGUGAAAUUUCGAAUUGUAAACCUUGACGAGGACCUUAAGGUCAUUAAAAAUGAGUAUUCUCAGAUAUGGCUGCAGGAUCCUGAAUACAACCGCAUUGCUGAGUGGCGGAAUGUGAAGUCAAGGCAAGGCAUCGUGGAUCUCUCCUUUCCCCUGGCCUCUGAAGCACUCCUGGGGAAGUAUACCAUCUCAGUGCAAAAAGGCAUGGCUGAAAAAAUCUUCACUGUUGAUGAAUAUGUGCUUAAACAUUUUGAAAUAGACAUUGAGCACCCUCCAUUUAUUGCAACAGUGGAUGAGGAAUUUCAGCUGAAAGUCUGUGGCAAGUACACCUAUGGGAAGCCCGUUCAAGGGACAACACAUAUUUCUUUUGUCACAUUAUCCCAGUACUUGGAAGAUGGUAUCACAAAUACUUCUGAGUUGAUGAACCAAAAUAGCUGGACAAACAAGAAUGGCUGUGCCACUUUUACAGUGAAGACAGAGGCUCUGAAGUUAAGUGAAGCUGACAGCUUCAUAGCUGUGAUGGGAAAAAUGGUGGAAGCUGGAACAGAAACAGAGGCUAGUGAAAUGGUUGGAAUUCCUAUUGCAACAAGAAUGAAGUCUAUAGAGUUUAUCAACCUCCACUCAUUCUACAAACGUGGACUACCUUACACAGGAAAGAUGUUCUGCCACAGUAACCAAUCUCCUCUCAGAAACGAAACAGUCUACCUUACAGUUGAUAUCAAUGAGGAGGAAACACAUCUUUCAUUCCUCACAGAUGAGAAUGGGGAAGCCCACUUCUCACUGGAUACCACCAGCUGGAAUAACACACUGGUUUCUCUGAAGGGUACCUACAACCUUGGAAAUAAUGAUGAGAAAAAUUCUUCUGAAAGUCACACAGGAGUGGAGGAUAGCCUCCACUGGCUGAAACCUUUCUACUCUGAGAGCAACAGCUACCUUGAGAUCAAGGCCAGGGAUGAUGUGAUGCCCUGUGAUCAAGAGCAGGAAGUGCAAGUGGAUUAUAUCCUUGACUGGAAUAAACUCAGCUCUGAAGCAGACCACAUUGAUUUCUACUACUUGGUGAUAGCAAAAGGCAAGAUCCUUCUCAGUGGAGAGAAGAAGGUGCCAAUUACUCAGCAUGAGAAUUUGCAGGGCUCCUUCUCAUUGUCUCUGCCUGUUGGCAAUGACUUCCUGCCUGACAUCAAGCUUCUACUGUAUGCAGUCUUCUCAGAUGGAGAGGUGGUGGCUGAUGUGGAAGAGUUUCAAAUAGAAAAGUGCUUUAGGCACAAGGUGGCCCUGAGCUUCUCACACAAGGAGGAAGUCCCAGGAUACACAGUCAGUCUGGACCUGAAGGCUGAUCCAGGGUCCUUGUGCUCUGUCCAAGCUGUUGACAAGAGUGUCCUCCUGAAGGAGAACAAUACUUUAACAGCAGAAACACUUUCUGAGAAGCUCUUUGAAGACAGCUUUACAAUUGGAGGACGAGGGUUCCCUUACCACUUGGAAGACUUUGAGGCAUACCCAUGCCUGCUCCAGGAGCCCAGUCUUCACAAAAAGGUUUGGAUGGGAGCACCAUGGUACCAAAGUGAUGCAGACGUCUUUAAUCUGUUUAAGACACUGCGCAUGAAAAUAUUAACGAAUGCUAGAAUCAAGAAACCAGUUUCCUGUAUCCUACCACGCUUUGAGAAAAAGAUGUAUGGUGAAAGCAGCAAUGUUUUUGAUAAUCUUGUCCUCAGUGAUCCUGAACCUCACUCUGAUAACACAAGGAAGCUAAAACCACGAACGUUUUUCCCAGAGACUUGGAUUUGGGAUUUGACCUCUGUCGGGGAUGAUGGGCAAGCAUCUGUUCAAGUUGCUGUACCUGACACCAUCACAGAAUGGAAUGCCAAGGCCUUCUGUGUUGCUGAUACUGGCUUUGGGUUCUCUCCUCUGACUACUCUCAGGGUCUUCCAGCCUUUCUUUGUAGAUCUGUCACUGCCAUACUCUGUGAUCCAAGGAGAGACUUUCAGCCUAAAAGCCACGGUCUUCAACUACCUGAAGGACUGUAUUCAGGUGCACACCACUAUCACAGAGACCCCAGCACUAAAGGUGGAUGCCUGUCCUGACUGCCAGUUCACCAGCUGCCUCUGUGCCAAUGAAGCAAAAACAUUUGGGUGGAACUUGACAGCCACCAGGCUCGGCAAAGUGAAUGUCACUGUGAGCAGCAUGGCAGAAGAUUCACAUGAUCUGUGUCGUAACAGGAUUGCAGUGACACCUUUGCAAGGGAGGAGAGACACAGUGAUCAAACCUCUGCUUGUGAAGCCUGGAGGUGUCCUACAGGAGAAGACUCAAAAUGCCUUUCUCUGUGCUGCAGAUAACACCAUCUCUGAAGAGUUCUCCCUGACAUUGCCUGCAGAAGUGCUGGAGGGUUCUGGCCGAGCCACUUUCUCUGUGAUUGGGGACAUCAUGGGCCCAGCACUUGAAAAUUUAGACCAGCUGCUAGAGAUGCCCUUUGGCUGUGGUGAACAGAACAUGGUUCAAUUUGCACCAAACAUCUUCAUACUCAAAUACUUGAAUAAGACUAAACAACUGGACACACAAAUUGAAGAUAAAGCACUGAAAUUCCUGAGAACAGGUUACCAGCGCCAGCUGCUCUACAAACAUGAUGAUGGAUCCUACAGUGCCUUUGGGAAAGCUGACAAUCAGGGCAACACAUGGCUGACAGCUUUUGUAGCCAGGUCCUUUGGGCAAGCCAGCACUCACAUUUACAUCAAUAAGGAUCAUGUGCACGAUGCUCUGCAGUGGCUUCAGAAGCACCAGCUGCCCAGUGGCUGCUUCCAGAGUGUGGGGAAGCUCUUCAACAAUGACUUGAAGGGUGGUGUGGACAAUACAAUCUCUUUAACAGCUUAUAUAGCUGCUGCACUGGUGGAGCUCCCUCUGGAGAAGAAUGACACCAUGCUGGAUAAUGCCUUAUGUUGCCUCAAGAAUGUAACACUUGACAAGACAAGCCUUUAUGUCAAGGCCUUGAUGGCUUAUGUCUUCACACUGAGCAAGGACAUGAAGAUGAGAGAGCGGCUCCUGGAUAUGCUAGAGAAAGAAACUACAGAGCUCCUGACAUCACAUUCCAGUAGUGAAGAAUCUUCUUCUAUGAUUGAGACAGUAGCCUACAUACUCCUGGCACAUGUCUCCAAACCAGACGUGACAUUCAGUGAAGCCUCAGUGAGCAAGCUGGUGCACUGGCUCAGCGGACAAAGAAAUGCCUUUGGAGGAUUUGCUUCCACACAGGACACAGUUGUAAGCCUGCAAGCCCUGGCUCAGUAUGCAGCCCUGAUUCCUCAGGACAUCAGAGAUGUAAAGGUGACAGUGAAAGGCAAGGAGGUUUUACCAUUGGAGUUCCACAUCCAGAGGAACAACAAGUUAGUCCUGCAUCAGGGAUCUCUCCUUACAGUCCCAGGAAAGUACACAGUGCAGGCAACAGGCAGCGGAUGUGUUUAUGUGCAGACCACUUUGUACUACAACACCCCACCACUGAAAACAGAAGAGGUCUUUGUCCUGGAUGUGGAAGCAGUACCAAGAGAUUGUGAUGGUGUCAGGAAACAGCUUGACAUGCAUGUGUCUGUCAGUUAUGUAGGGGACCGUGAGACCAGUAACAUGGCCCUGGUGGAGGUGGAGAUGCUGUCAGGGUUCAUUCCUCUGAAGACCUCUGUGAAAGAGCUGGAGAAGAUACCUGUGGUGAAAAAGACAGAGAUAAAACCAGACAAAGUCACAAUCUACUUGGAAGAGUUGGGUAAGACUUCUCUGAAGCUUCACUUCUCAGUGGAACAAGAUGCUGAAGUACAGAACCUGAAAGCAUCAAUAGUGCAUGUCUAUGACUACUACAAACCAGAUGAGCACACAUCAAGAGAAUAUGUUUUCCCUUGUGAUUCAGAAGUCUCAAAGAAGGACUCCUAA